AUGAGUCGAUUGGAGAACUCAGAAUUAAGCGAAAACAGCAAGCACCCAAUUUAUUUACCAAGGCAUAAUAUAAUAACCGAACUCCUUUUAAUGUGCUAUCAUGAAAAUUUACAUCAUAUUGGUAUCGCUCAUACGUUAUCAACAAUGAGAAAUUGUCAUACGUGUACUUGCAAAAUGACAACUGAUAUUCUUUUCAACCUUCCUAAUAGAUGGAACUGUGAAGAAAUACUGCAACAAAAUCUCACGUUGGCCAAAAUAGCUAUAUAUAUUAGAUCUCAUAUGAGAAUUCCGGCAAUACGAUGCAAUAAUACAGCGCGAGUGGUAUGUACUAAAGCCUUUCUUAGGCUACCUCUAUCUGUAGUCUCGGAUCAAACAAACACUUCAGCCACAUCAUCGCAAACUUAUAAAUUUUUACAUAAUCAUAAACAUAAAGAAAUCAAUGGAGCCAUGAAGCAGAUAACACUAGACAUUUGGACAACAAAUAAUAAUAUACAAUACUCCUAUGGAUGGUUGGGAGUACGAUGUCAAUCUAUAUCAAAUUUUGCACUUACUGAAGGACAAUUAGUAGUCUAUGAUGGAAAGGAUAUGAUAUCUGAUUUUCGUAGUGUUGAAUACUGGACUACUCAAAGCGGAAAAUGUAUAAUAUUAUCUUAUGGAAUGGAACCGAAAUAUCAAAGAAUUGUCCAUACAAAAAGAUUGGUUUAUAUGCUGCCGAGAAAUCGAAGGACUGAAAAUUUGUUACCAGCUAUAAAGUUAGCAAAAUUUCCAAUGACAAAUAAGCAUAGUGCAACAAAGAAGUUGUCAAAAUCGUAA